AUGGUAGCAUCAGCAAGAGGCAGCAAUUACGAUGCCUACAUGGCGGAUUUGGAUCUUCGAAACCGGGAGGUGCACGAUGCCUUCCGUCGGAGCUAUCCCAAUGGCGCUUACGUUCUGGACUACGUGGUUACCUCACCGGAUUUUUACCAGGUGAAUCCAAUCCUCCGGGAAUACGAAAGUGGGGAGGAUUACGAAGACAUGGCCAACAACGACGCCUGGGACCGCCUGUUGGGUAGCCUCGCGUUUGCCCGGGAUAUCGCGGUUGAUCCGGACACCAACAUGGCUGCGAAGCGUUUCCAAUCCUGGUUGUCUGAGCAACAGACAUCGACAACCAACAACACACCAGCUCGGGCGCUUGUCUACCCAGCUUACGCAGGAAGCGAGUUCGCUCCACAGGAUUCCACGUGGGGCACUCAUCGAGUGUCUGGCGGUUCCUCCGAGGUUGGUCGAUGGAUGGACUAUGCGGUGUUUGGGGCACAGGCCCAAGAGGAAGACGAAGACGAUGACAGGGAAGAAGUGUUGAUAGCACCGAAACCGAGACCGAAAUCGGAAGUGAAGAUGGACCAGCUGCCGGCCUACUGUGACCCCCCCAAUCCCUGCCCCAUUGGCUAUGAUCCUGCCAUCCUAGCCACACCCUGUGACGGAGGUGUAGUCAACACGGCGGAGUUUAAUAGGAACUGGAUCCUGCGAAGAAUGCAAAAUGGCGAGUGCUUGUGCGAUGAGGAGCACAUGGAGUCAUGCCCGAGGCUGACUCGGGGCAGCAAAGGAACACUCAGAAGUCUUCACCGGCGCAGACUUCAGGAGACACUUCUCGGGGAAAAUCCCUAUCUUCGUGGUCACAAACGCUCGGACGUGGUGGCAAAGAAGAACCACCACAAGCCCAGAUCAACGAUUCACGAGAAUCCCUACUCUGGGGGCAAUCGACUACGAAGUAUAGUCAAGAAGGCGGGACCCCGUUUCUCAAGAGGCUAA